UCAUAUCCGUGUAUACAAAAAUCGAUGUAAAUUUGUAUAAUUUUUUCUAGAACUAGUUACAAAUGCAAUAACAUUUUAUCUUCAUGACUAUUAGACAUACCUUGUAAAUUAUUGACCAUGGUCUCGACUUACUACUUGGUGAAGCUCUUCCAAAAAGCCACUUACGAAAGACUAAAGCGCAACCUUGAUGGUGUCGGAGAGAGCUCAACUUCGGGUUCUACCACUAAUAAUUCAGCAGGACACUCGAGGAAUAUCCUCGCCACUAAAACUUGCCGUGUGUGUUUGAAAGAAGUAGGUACUCGACCUAUUUUCGGUGACGAAUCGCAUUCAGACAUUUCUGUAGCUAUCCGUGUUUUUGGUGACAUCGAUGUUAAAGAAGAGGACGAUUAUCCGAAAUACUUAUGCGACGCAUGCCACACUUUAUUGGAAGCCGCUAUCUUAUUUAGAAAAUCAGCAAAGCAGUCCCAUCAACUACUGAGAAAACGUCAUGUCAAACAAGAAAUUCAUCAUGAUACGCAAGACGGGGACCAUCAGGAGACCAAAGAAGAGAAACCUAGACAUAUCCGGCCUUCAAUACUUACAAAUUUUUUUUCUCCUGUAGAUAGUCCUGACAAUUCAAAGGAUCCUAGUAAACGAAAGAAAACAAAAGUACAAUGCCGAAUAUGCAGUAAAAUAAUAACGAAGGCCUACUAUAAGGAACAUUUUGCGCUCCACGACGCUACUAUAGUCAAAUACAUGUGCGAUGUCUGCGGUAAAUCGUUUCGUCAGCGCUGUGCAUACAAGAAUCACUAUUUCACUCAUAGCACAGAUUUCCCAUACAAAUGUACAAUGUGUCCAUAUAGAGGACGGAACUCAGGCUUACUAAACACACACAUGCGCACACAUACCGGAGAUUACAGAUACAUGUGUUCAGAAUGCCCCGCUAGAUUUCUGACGAAAAGCAACCUGAAUAAGCAUAUGUUCAAACAUAAGGAGCCGAUGUUCAAAUGUGACACUUGUCAUCGAGCUUUCCAUUCUAAACUUAUACUUGAAAGGCAUUAUGAGGCUGAACACCUAGGAAUAAAGAAUCACAUAUGUAAUUUGUGCGGGAAGGCAUUUGGUUAUCGGAAAGCAAUGAUGCGGCAUCAACUGGAUGUGCAUAAAAGAGAGAAAAAGGUUAAUGGGAGGACUCCAUCAUAUUUGGAAGCGGAGUUUAAGAAGCAACAAGAUGAAAUCAUGUAAAUUUGUAGCUUGUUUGAGCAAUAGCUGGAUGUAUAUUAUCAAGUGUGGUUGGUAUUAGAAAAACACAGAUAUCUAUUAUUUAUUUAUUAAUCUAGAAAUUUAAAUCAGGCAACAAGGUCCAUAUUACAAAUACCAAUACCUUACAGACUAACAUACAUAUUAGGUAUUUUAUAAACUUGAAACUAAACACUAUUUAGACGAACGGCGUGGCUCCGUUGCAUCGGCUGCUCUUGUGUCGGAUUCGGCAGUUUGCCCUGCCCUUGCCUCAGAAAUACACGACACCUUUUGGCCAGAAGGUAUUAUAUCUGUGAGAAAAACCAACAAGUAUUAACUAAGUAAAUUCUUCUCCCCUCUUUCAUCAAACCUUACUGUUCACGCAAAUUCAAAUUUUGUCAGUAAAGUAAUUUUUUUGUUAACUUUAAAAUUAAAAAUGUAAUUGCAAAAGGCAAACUUAAUGCAACAAGGUAAAGAAUGCCUGUCAAGUUUUAGAGGCCAAACAGAUUAACAGUGUGAAAACAUCUAUUCCAUCUUAGACAAUAUUAAUGAAUUUUUAUUUAACAUUUCUAUACAUAUAUAUUUAUUAUUUAUAUUAUAUUUAUUUAACCUGUCUGUGUAUGAUAAGGACCCAGACCGAAAUUUCAGUCAUUUUUUUUACCUUUUUUUCUGCUGUAUACAGCAAAUUUUACAUCACAAUUUUUGACCACCAGACAUAACGUUAAGACACGAAGUUUUGUAUUAACAGAGCUUAAUAAACAUUAGUAUUGGAAUUGCACCACCAACCAAGCAUAUCAAAGACAGGUGACAGAAACAAAUGUAAAUCUGUCCUGUUUAUUGUAUAUCCUACUAGAUCUCUGUAGUUUUUAGAUUACAUUUGUUAUACCUACUUGUAUAGCUCAUUUUAAAUGAACAGUGUAUU